CAUGGUGCCAAAUGAGGCUGAGAGGCUAUGUUUGCUACAUGCUUUAACUGGAUUAAAACACCACUAUGUUGCUGCAGAAAACGCGAAAUGAGCAGAAAUGACAUCUGUUUGCUUCUCGGGGCGACUGGCGUUGGGAAAACACUGUUGUUAAAACGAUUACAUAAGCUUAGUUUGCAUGGUUUGAAUGAACUGGGGACACCUCCUUCAACUUUACCCACAGUAGGAACCAACCUGAUAGACCUGACACUGAGGAGGAGGAAGAAAGUGACUGUGAGAGAGCUGGGCGGCUGCAUGGGGCCCAUUUGGCCAAGUUAUUUCAGUGACUGCUCCUCUGUCAUUUUCGUUGUGGACUCAUCCAACACUGCUCAGGUAUCUUCCUCUUGUAUCCAGGUGUUGUCCGUUCUCUCUGCUGAGCCUCUUCGCAGUGCAUCAGUGCUGAUUCUCUUUAACAAAAGGGACAUGCCUUGUAUUAUGAGUCUCGUAGAGAUAAAGUCACUGUUCCGGCUUGAGGACAUCAUUGCGUCUGCUACUCAACCAAUCACUACACUGGAACUGAGUGCUUGCACCGGAGAGGGGCUUCAGGAAGUCCUGGGCUGGCUGGAGUCUGUAACAGUCAGUUGAUGUUAUUUGUCCAACAUGAAGACACUAUUAUAAAAGAACUUUCAAGUCUUUAUCUAAGAUUUCACUGCAGAAAUGUUGGACGCACCUUAUUUUUUUGUAACAAGAUUUCAUGUGGAUCACCUCCUCAUAUCUAAUAUCGGACUCAACAAAUGACAAAGAAGCAGUUAAUGCUGAAUGUUUCAUAUAAAUACUCUAUCUGGGUCACAAGAAAAGGAUUAUCGCUCAUUAGGAUGAAUGAGAAGCAGACUCAGUUGAGUCAGGGCACAGUGGAAUGAUUGUAUGAUUGGCCUUAGUAAAAUGUAUUAAAUCAGCACUACUGCUGGUGUUACAGCUCUUUGUACUGGCUUUUUUCUAAAUAAAUUCUU